AUGCGAUUCUUCUUGGCAAUUCUCGCGAUUCUUCCACUUCUAAUCGAAUCUACUUGCAAUUCUGAUCCAUAUGUCAUGGAAUUGGCCCGCGACUUCCAGAAACUCUUCCUAGACACCGAAAAGCUCGGAGAUCGUGAAGCCCUAUCGAAUUUGGUUUCGGACAAACUCGUUUUUAUGAAAUAUGGCGAUCCAAUACCCUUUUUUUAUGACAAAGAGACUUUUUUGGGGAGUUCGAUUUUCUCAAUUAACCCAAUAAAGUCAGCUGAAUUGAAAGGUCUAGAAGUGACUUACAAAAGUGGAACGAACACAGAAGUUACUUUUCGAAGAGCUACAGAAUAUUCUGGACCUAAAUUGCUCAGUUAUGUUCUCACAAGUCCUUACGUUUAUCCUAAUAAUGAUUGUUGA